GGAACUGAGCUAACGUCUGAACGCAUCUAGGGUGGUACUUUAAGAAAACUGACCAAAAGCUGCCAGGAUGUUUCUCCGAUUACUGUCAGAUGUCCGGUGGCGGGCAGCUAACCCAAGAUGGAGAAGAAUGACGACGUGCUCCCGGCGAAGUACCUCAAGUACAGCAGAACCUCACCCACUUUCCUUGCCAGCACAGGCGCAGGUUGUCAUCUGUGGUGGUGGAAUCAUGGGCACAUCAGUGGCAUAUCAUCUUUCCAAGCUGGGUUGGAAGGAUAUAGUCUUACUUGAGCAGGGCAGAUUGGCUGCUGGGACUACUCGAUUUUGUGCUGGCAUUGUGAGCACAGCCAGGCCAGUGUCCAUAGAGCUCAAGAUGGCAGACUAUUCCAACAAGCUGUAUCAGCAACUGGAGCAAGAGACGGGAAUAAAAACAGGGUACAUGAAGACAGGCUCUAUUUCACUGGCUCAGACUCAGGAUCGACUAAUCUCUCUGAAACGCAUUGCUUCAUCGCUGAAUGUAAUGGGAAUACCUUGCGAAAUUAUCACCCCAAAGCAAGUGGCACAGCUCCACCCACUUAUCAACAUUCACGACCUUGUGGGGGCCAUGUAUGUGCCAGAAGAUGCACUCGUGUCAUCUGCCGAUGUGAGUCUGGCUCUGGCAACUGCUGCCUCGCGGAAUGGCGUCCAGAUUCAUGAACGGACAAGUGUCAGUCAUGUCUUGGUCCAGAAGGGUCGCGUGACUGGAGUAGAGACUGACAGAGGACAGAUUUCAUGCCAGUACUUUGUCAACUGUGCUGGCCAGUGGGCCUAUGAGUUGGGUCACUCUGGGGAGGAACAAGUCAGUAUCCCAGUCCAUGCCUGUGAACACUUCUACCUCCUGACGUAUCCUUUGAAGGAACCUCUAGCAAGCAGCGUACCAACUAUUGUAGACCCAGAUGGCAGGAUCUACAUACGCAACUGGCAAGGUGGCAUCCUCUCAGGAGGCUUUGAGAAAAACCCCAAACCUCUCUUCACAGAGGGACGGAACCAGCUGGAGAUUCAGCACCUCCAGGAAGACUGGGAUCAUUUUGAGCCACUUCUGAGUGCCCUUCUGCGCAGGAUGCCAGGUUUGGAGGCUUUGCAGAUCAUGCAAUUGGUGAAUUGCCCAGAAACCUUCACGCCAGAUAUGCGGUGCAUCAUGGGAGAGUCGCCCACUGUGCGGGGCUACUUCGUUCUGGCUGGAAUGAACUCAGCUGGUAUCUCAUAUGGUGGGGGAGCAGGCAAGUACCUGGCAGAGUGGAUGGUAAACGGUUAUCCCUCAGAAAACGUCUGGCCUCUGGAUUUGAAACGCUUCGGUACUCUCCAGAGUAGUCGCACGUUCCUCCGUCACCGUGUGAUGGAAGUAAUGCCUCUCAUUUGUGAUCUGAAAGUUCCCCGUUGGGACUUCCAGACUGGCAGGCAGCUGCGCACUUCACCAUUGUAUGACCGUCUGGAUGCACAGGGAGCUAGAUGGAUGGAGAAACACGGGUUUGAGAGAGUCAAAUAUUUUGUCCCACCUGGGAAAGAUCUACUGGAUUUGGAUCAGAGCAAAACCUUUUACAAACCAGACUGGUUUGACAUUGUGGGUUCGGAAGUCAAGUGCUGUAAGGAAGCAGUUUGUGUCAUUGACAUGUCAUCUUUUACUAAGUUUGAAAUAAGCUCCACAGGAGACCAGGCACUGGAGAGUCUACAGUAUCUCUUCUCAAAUGACCUGGAUGUGCCAGUUGGGCAUGUUGUGCAUACAGGCAUGCUUAAUGAGCAAGGAGGUUAUGAGAAUGACUGCAGCAUAGCACGACUGAACAAACGCAGCUUCUUCAUGAUUUCCCCUACUGACCAACAAGUCCAUUGCUGGGCCUGGUUGAAGAAUCACUUGCCCAGCGACAGCAACCUGACUGUGGAAGAUGUGACCUGGAAGUACACGGCUCUCAAUCUGAUCGGUCCUCGUGCUGUGGAUGUCUUGUCAGAGUUGUCGUAUGCCCCAGUAACUCCAGAACACUUUCCCUCUCUCUUCUGCAAGGAGAUGAGCGUGGGCUAUGCUAAUGGAAUCCGCGUGAUGAGUAUCACUCACACAGGAGAACCUGGAUUUGUGCUGUAUAUCCCUAUAGAGUACGCCCUCCAUGUGUACAAUGAGGUGAUGAACAUGGGACAGAAGUAUGGGAUUCGGAAUGCUGGUUAUUAUGCGCUCCGCAGCCUUCGCAUCGAGAAGUUCUUUGCAUUCUGGGGCCAGGAUCUGGAUGCCUUCACCACUCCUAUGGAGUGUGGACGUGAGUUCCAGGUCAAGCUGGAAAAGGGAAUGGAGUUCAUUGGCCAGGAAGCAUUGUUAGAGCAGAAGCAGAAUGGUGUGUACAAGCGUUUUACUAUGUUCAUUCUUGAGGACCAUGACACAGAUAUGGACCUCUGGCCCUGGUGGGGGGAGCCCAUUUUCCGCAACGGCCGCUACGUGGGCAAGACCACCAGCAGUGCCUACAGCUACACUCUGGAGCGCCACGUCUGCCUUGGCUUUGUGCACCACUUUGAUGAGAAGACAGGAGAAGAGCUGGUGGUGACAACUGACUUCAUCAACCAGGGCGACUAUGAGAUCAACAUUGCUGGACAGCGCUUCCAGGCCAAAGCCAAGCUCUACCCCUUCAGCUCUCUCUUUACACACCGUCGCCGCAAGGAUGAGAUGGAACUGAGUGGCUACCAGAGGGAGUAAUGCUGACUAGACCCAUUCUUUUUCCCAAGCUGGAGUCUUCUGCCGUCAUCUUCCAGGCCCUCUCCUCAUCCCAUAUUUCUUUCAUCUCCUUUCUGGUCUUGCAAUUUUUAAACUUUUUCCAGUGUGUUGCAUUUUGUACGUUUUAGAACUUUUAAUUUUCAAGCUUUCUCAGCCCUUUGCCCGGUCUGUCUCCCUCCUUCAACCCUUCGCUUGCCAGGCUCCCCCCUGCCCCAGUGGAUGAAGGGCAGUGUUGAGCAUGCAUCCAGAAGUCUACGGGAGUAUACAGCGGGAAGCCUGUGUAGGAGUGAACACCAGAGGCCCUAGCCUUAUGGUGAUGGGAAGGGUUGAGGUGAACUCCUGAGGACUGUGCCCUUUCUGCCUCCUCUUUGGUGGAAGGCUUGCAACAGCAGGUGUUUGCUGCCUGUAGUUCAGGUUUCCUGUCCCCUUGGCUCAACUCUGUGUGACUUCACCUUGCUCUCCACAUAUCGCUUUGUAGAGGAGUCAGUGCAUUGACACACACAGCAAUAGAACGAUCAGCUACCUCACUGGCACAAGACAUAGCAUUGCGUGAGCAGCAGCGAAGAGGCGGGUCUUGGUAUAUUCCAGCCUGUCACUGCCCUCAUUUGUCCAUCGUUUUUUCCCUAACAGGGAGUCAAAUAGAGUUAAUCAUCAGAUCACUGAAGUGACAGUAGUGCCGGUAAGCUUUUUGGUUGUUAUUGUUCGGAUUGGGUUUUUUGUGUGGGGUCACUGAAACUAAACGGCUUUCUAUAAACAUAGUUGAAGAUCAACAUGUGUGUUUUACUUCUAUAAAGGAAUAGGUUUUCUGGAGUUUUUAUUAGCAGAAAUACUUAUUUCUAACAAGGGCAGAUGUUAGUCUUUAGUAUUAAUAGCACUGUUGAAGCGCUGUUUCUGUGUCAGCUGCACGGCGCACAGUCUCUUUGUGGAUUCUCUUUCACUCUCUUUUGCUUAUGUGACUCGAUCAAGCCCCUCUGGCAAGGUUCAUGCGGCAAAUGCAAGUUUCGUAUGAAACUUGUGUUAGUUUGAGGGACUUGAGCAGCAGGAGGGAACAACAUCUUGUGUUUUCAGCUCACUGUGGCUAUUUUGAAAUUAGAGCAAAAGACCCAGCAUUUGUCUCACCUGUGGUGCUGGUAGUACAGCAAGAAACGCUGUGCUUUUUCUGGGGGUGAGAGAGCAUCUCCUGCAGGACUCAAGGAAAUUGUGUCCUGUUUCUCCCCUCAAGUCUGUCACACUUCUUACCUCUCAGUCUUGGUAAUACCUCAGCUGAAGGGAGUGAGUUUUUGUGCCAGGUCCUGAGUAUAGAAGAGGAAUUUUAAAUUGCUUUUCUUCAGUAAAGCUCUUUGCCGUCAUGCUCAUAGAGAUGCUUCAGACUCUGCAGUUGGGAUUCACUCCUCCAAGUGUCAAACUAUGCCCUGAUUGAAACACUAAUGGCAAAUGGCAGAGAAGUGGGGGGAAAGCCAUAUUGUACUGCACAGAUUUGCCUCUCUUUUUUUUUUUUCUUUUUCCUCUUCCCAUUGUGAGCUUAAUCAAAAGCAACGAUUCUCUUUAUUUACUUGAAAGAGAUCUUUUGAACAUUUUCCCUGUCUCUGGCACGUGCUUAUUCUCCUCCUUAUUCUCCUCCUGUCAAAGCUAACAUCCUUCUGUCUGGAGUUCAGCCUUGCACUGAUGUCUGCCCUGUCAGCCACGUGAGCUCUUUCCCCUGUCAUCUAGAACCUUUUUUGGGCACUUCCUUUUCCACUGAAUGGGGGAGCAUCAGUAAGGUAAAUGGGAGCAGAUCAGUGCCCAAGACCUUACCAGGUUCUUGUUGUUUUAAGUUUGUUUCCUACUGUUUCAAUUGCUUCAGAUCAUGCCUUGAGUUGAGUCGGAUCUGCCAGUAUGCAGUACUUAUGAGCUAGACGUUCUCAGUAUACAAAGGGGGUUGGAUGGCUUUAAAGGCAGAAGAGGUGAAAGUCCAAAACCUUUACGCCUUAUAAUAGGUUGUCAGAGCAAGCUCCCCCAUGCAGCGUGAUAAAGAAGCUGUGCAACCUAGGAAUGAAGAACUGGGGAAAGGGUGUAAGAUGAAAAGAGAAUUAAGGAUUCAAGCAUCUGGUGACAGGAGAUGUAAUACGUUGAACAUGGAUGUCACCUCUUUGCGCAUGCUCUCCUUUGUAAAUAGUGGAUUCCUUUGUAGUGUGUGUCAUCGUUAAGGAUUUCAAACUUGUUUUCAAAUUGGUUUGUAAAAAUUCCCCUACCUUUGAAGUGCAGUGACUAUGGUAGGAUAGCAGUUUGAGAGCUCACAGGAAAGAGAUGGCCACAUGACUGUAGAAGGUGGAGAUUCAACUUGAGUGUCAUUCCUUCCAAAUUCCUCUGUUACUGCUGUCUGAAUUGAACUUCUGCCUGCCAUGUCAGGAUUAAUGGCCUGUUUCACCUAAAGCGUCAUAAGGCAUCUAAUAGCAAGUUAAAGUCCAGAAUCACUUUUUUCCUGUCCUUCCUCCUAGAUAUUACAAUCCCGCUAUUUCCAUCCUGGGUAUGUGUACCAAAGAGGGCCUCUGCUCUACCAGCAUGUUAGGUGGGAAGAAUGCACAAGGUCUCAAAAACACUUGUUGGUUCUCUCCUCUCUCUGCCUGUUACAUGGGACAUUGCUGUGCCUUCCUUAUCCAGGCAAAGAGGUGAUAGACCAAAGAAAGAGUUUUAUACUUGCCACUUAGGAUGUGUCUUAGAGCGGCCCUUCAGAUUAGCAUUUAUUGGUCAUUUGUUGUCACUGGUGAGACAUGAUAGUUCUUCAGGAGAAAAUAAAGUGUAUUUCUGAGGCAAGCUAGAGUACUUAAUGCAGCUGCUGACGAGAGAUGUUAGCUUAAACCGUUCAGUUUGUUCUCUGGAGAGUUAUGACUAGUUAAGACCAAACUGAAAAGUUAGCAGCAUGUUGUCCCCUAACAACCAUUCCUUCUUGAAGUAUCUUUUAAGCUACAAUCAGUUACAUUCCUUGCUUUUCCUAAUUUAUGGGUGCCUGUUAGUACCUCACGUAACUCACAUAAUGUUACAUCCCUCCCUAAGCUGUCGCGUUUUGUCGAUUCCUUGAGUGGGUGCUGAAAGACUUGAGUAAAAUCUGUAUUAGAGAAGGACUCUAUUGUUCAUAUUUAAUGAUCUGAGGAUAAAACUAAAGCUGUCUAUUUAGGAAUGAUGUUUUCUGUUUCAGGAAGGUGUAUUACAGUGAUUUUUUUCACAUCUAACUUUGCCAGACUUAUUUUCUUUGUCUUUUCUCUGUGCUGACUCCCAGUGUCCAGAUUUGAUGUGACUUGAUGGGCAGUUUCUUCUUUUUAUUUUGUGGCAAGGAGGGGAGGCUAUGCAGUACUUGCACCAAGACUUGGAGAUGAAGUGGAAGCUUGUAUUCCUCCUUUCUGCUGUAGCGUUCAAGCUGUCUUAGUGCUUGUUGCUUUUUCUGUAACACCUCUUAAUUCCAGCCUGUGGCUGUUGUAGAUCCUCUUGUGAGCAAGGUUCCCCUCUUCGUUCUACCUGGUGCUUCAUCAUCUGAGCUAGGUUUGCUCUAAAUCUGUCUCUUUGUGUCAAGCUUAAGCUCUUCAACUUUUCGAUGCUGCGGAUACCAGUGUCGUGACUCCCAUGUGGAUUUGUGGCUGCUGUCACCUGCUCCAGCAGGCCCUGCUCCGAGCUGCUUUACCCUGCAAACCUCUUCCCCGGCGGCUGCAGAACUCAUUGUGUGGCAACCUGGACUGAGACCUGGUCGAGGUGAAAAGUAACCUGGAAAUUCUUUUAAUCAUAUCGGUUGCUUGAUUCAGUCCAGCAUGCAGCCUCUCUACUGGCGCAGGCACAAUAAAAGAGGCAUCUGGGGAUGCCAAAAAGAGAUCUUUUUAACAGCCUCAACCUUUUCAUUCUGUUCCCGCCACCUUCUGUAAUAUAGGCCAUGCUUCCACUGUUUAACCCUGCCUUCUUCCUGUGCUAGUAUUUUCCUGCUGUCCUUAACACCUUUUUAAUGUCCUUCCUCUGCUGGUGGAGCACAUUAAUUCCUUUUGCCACUCUGAGAGCAGGGCACGACGAGGUAGAAACAGAAAGGGGGAUGGAAACCAGAUGAGGUGAGAGGGAAGGAGAGGCAUGAUUGCAGUUGCGUCCUUUGUCCAUUACUCAUCCUCAACCACUUAAGACCGGUCUUGGAGAGACUACCAGCCAUGAUUUCCCGCUCAGGAAACGUGUUGCUCUGCAAAGCUCUGCAGACUUAGUGCUGGCCACACACUGUGAGUGAUAGCUAUGACUAUAGACAGAAUCAGGACAGCGUUAUCUAGGAAACAAGAAUGGCAGUGGCAUCUGUUUUCCAACAUAAGUUUCGCUCUAUCACUUUUCAUUCAGAAGAAAGUAAGCACGCCAAACUGGAGGCAGUGGUGAAUUUGUGUAGCAGAUUGCUUGAAGUACUUGUCUCUUUGGCACGUUCUUGCAGGUAGCGUCUAACUGCAAAUGUACAGCAUUGACAGUUGCAUGCCCAGAGCUAGCCUUCGCCUUCCAUCCCGCUUUAACUGAAAGGUCUCUUUUUCGUGAAGAACUCUACAAACAAAGUAGUUUCCAUGUUUGAAAAAGAAAGUUACUUGCAAACACAGAAUUCUUUCUAGUUUCAAAGCCACUAGUAAAGUUUCUAGCCACUGGUAAAGUUGAGCAAAAAGUUCACAAUCUUCAGAUUUGUCCUACCAAAUGAUUUUAUUAUAGUACCUGUUCAGGUUAAUUUUAGACCAGUUUGGGAUGUAUUUCUGUUUUAAACUACCUUUUCCUUAAGCCAUUGUUAGUUUGUUUUUGUUUGUUUGUUUUUAAUGGAGGCAGGGAGCGGGGCUGGGGGAGGAAGGGGUUAAUGUCAUCAGACCGCUUCCACCUGUCUGCAGAAGGCAUUUGGAAAUUUUCUUUGCACUUUAAACUUUUCUUAAAACAUUGUAAUUGCAGCGUGCUUCUAACCCUCAGCAAGACUAGUCUUUGCGUUAGAUGAGGGAAAAACUUGGAAUAUUUGUAAAUGCCUUAAAGCUUUAGGUUAGGUACGUGUGCACUGAUGGUAUGUGCCAUUUGAUUUCUUACUGAAGGUCGGUGCUCUGAACGUACAGAGCAGAUACAAAUGUCAGCAGAUAUUUUUGAGAAAACACUGGGGAGGGUGGAAGCUAAUGUUCUAGUACGUUGCUCAUCUGCAGACUGGCGUUUGUCUUGACCUGAGAUAAAUCCGUUGGGAGACCCUGUGUAAAUGCACCGUUUCUGUGCCUGUGCGACUUGUUUGUGCUGACACAUGUUCCCCUUUUUCCCAGAAAUGUAUUUAUUCAGUAUAUUGCUCAUGCUGUAGUGGGUUUUAUCCUUUGCUUAAAGGAAGAAGCCCUGGUUGGUUUAGAGUACGAGUGUCUCGUGGCAUUAAAGGAAACAAAAUUCUCUGCUUGAAUGCUUUCUUUGCUGUAUUAGCUAACAUUUGCAGACCUGAGUCAGGAAAUGUGGGAGCUAAGGCUUUUUCAGCAGUGGGGAUCUUUUUGUGUUGCCCUUAGCGUUUGUUCAGAUGACUCUGAGACUUCUCAUCUCCUGUUUGUUUUAAAACUCUUUUGUAUGGCUAAUGUCAGGUUUGCUUUUGAGUGACAGUGUAAAACAUACCACUUCUCUGCAGGUAUGACAAACUAAGCUUUGUUCCAAAAGUAUUGCCUGUUCAAAAUAAGGUGUCUUCAUGAAGAGGAGUGGGAAAUUAUAAGGAAAGAGGCACUCGAGAAAGGUGUUCACGGUCAUGUUUAUUAAUUUGUUGAUACUGAUAAGAACUGAUCUUCCCACACAAACACUUGGUGCCUGCAAGUUUAGUAGUUACUCGGAGCUGUCAGCCAGCCCAACUAGUGAAUUAUUCCAUUUUGUAUCUACAAAGAAAAGUCCUAAACUUUAGCCUUUCACUGUGGCACAGUUGGGAUUUCUUCCGUGCUACAAAUAGUUUUUCCUAUGUGAGGCCAAAAUCUGGCUUUCCUGUGGUGAGACGAGUUACAUUUAUACCUUUAUCCCUACGCUAGCGAUGUAAUCUGAGGCAGAUGGAUUUUCCUGAAGUCGCUGGCUGAUUCGUUUGCAUCUGUGAUGGUCAGAAUUAUAGCAGGGUAGGUGUCUGAUAUCCUGUAUGAUCUUCUGCAAGACAAAGGACGCAAGCUGCAUUUGGGGGAAGCAAGCCUACUUCUGCUACUGAGCCUACUGCCUCCCGGUCAGCUGAAUGAUAACAACGUUUUGUGGCUCUUUACUAACAGUUUGGGAAAGCCCCUUUUAGCAAGAUGUGGCCCAGAUCGAUUCCUUGCUGCUCUUAAGACAGCGUGCUUUCUUUUUGCCACUUUCCGUUCUGCUCCUGGCUGUGCGUGUGUGACGGCUCCCACUGCCGUUGACGCUGCUUUUGGAGGAGACCUGAGUUGUGUGGGAGAAGCACUUCCCGUUCUUUGACAGAUGUCCAGUGUAGGAUGUUAGUCUCCUGAGCAGAGACUGCCAUCUUGCGAACCGCACACAGUACUGGACAUCCCUUCUCAGCUGAUAAUUUAUCUGAGUAUCAGAUGCACCUUGGUUGCCCAAAGUCGCUUGGUGCUUUUAGCAGUCUCCUGAGAGCUGAUGUUAAAGGGCUGGGAGGACUUCUAAAAUAUUCUACCGCAUAAAUUUUAAGAACAACUGAAGCUUGAACCUGUGAAAAUAUUUUCUAGUGCCUUAUUCUUGUGAAUGUUGUGCAAUUGAUGUAACUGAGAUGGGACAGAGCAAGGAGCAACUUCAGGAACAUAAUUCCUGACCCACUACAAACACGUCCCUCUCCCCGUGCAGGGUCUCAGCAAGCAAACACCAACAGAUCAUUUCGGGCAGUACAGUGAUGCUUUUUAAUCCGUUUGAACUUUGGGAUCGACGUAAUGUUAGAUUGUACAGUAUCGCGCCGCAUAGUCUGCCUUUGUGAGGAGCAGUAGCCUCACUUCUGUUGGUUUUGAAUUGGAAGGGGUUUAUGGAGAGACAGAAGCUGCUUUGAUUAUUGGACCCAGUUGGGGGGGGACAUGGACAAUUGUUCCCAAGCGCACAAAUAAGGGUGAGCUUGCUGCUGUCCACUGAGGCCAUGUUAUUAUAUAUGCUGUAUUUAUAUCAUGCUUUACUUCAUUUAAUAUUUUUGGUUGGCUUCAAUGUUGCUCGGUUUGUAUAUUAAUAAAGGGACAUUUUAACUACUCUCGCUACUGGA